AUGGACAUCAUUGAUGAAGACUUCCUAACCUGUUCCAUCUGCUUUGAAAGAUACAAAAAACCUCAAAUCCUUCCAUGUCUUCACACAUUCUGCAGUGUGUGUCUGGUUACCUUGGCUGAGAAAAGGGGAGGGUCGCUGAAUAGGUGUCCAACCUGUAACGCAGAGUGCGAGUCAGACCAACUGAAGGAUAACUUCUUUUUAAGUAAUUUAGUUGAAGAGUUCAGCAAACAAAGUUUAACUUCAGGUGAAACUCCUUUGCAGUGUGAAAGCUGUGAGGACAAAACAGCUUUUCAUCACUGUUUGGACUGUUCACAGCACUUCUGUGCAGACUGUUUAAAGGUACAUGGUAAAAUGGCUGUAAGUCGGUGCCAUCAAGUGGUGACUAUUGAAGAUUACAAGAAAAAUAAAUCAACAAAUCUGUGUAAGCCAGAAGUCAUGAUUCACUGUCAAUACCACGUUAGAAGCGAGUUGAAAUUCCAAUGUGAGACUUGUCAGGAGGUCAUCUGCUCUGACUGCGCAGUCAUAAAACACCGUGGAACCGAACACGUCUUGAGAGAUUUAAAGGAAGUUGGGAAUGAACAACGCAAAUGCUUGGAGAAUAUGGUAACUGAUAUGAAAAGGGCCAGGGAGCAGUUAGAAGAUAAAAUAAUAAAACUGUGCGUAAAACGUGAUGAACUAAAUCUUCAUGCUAAAAAGGAGGAGAAGAAUAUUUCAUCACAAGCCAAGGAGCUGAUCGAGCAAAUCACGAUGGAAGAAAAGGUCAUGAUAGAGAAAUCAAAGAAACAACAUGACAUUAGAAUAAAAAAUAAUGAUAUGAACAUUGAAGAGUUGGAGUCCAUCAAAAGCAGACUUUUUAAUGCACACAGCUAUGUUGAAACGCUAAUGCACCAUGGGAAUGAUGUACAACUGCUGAGAACCAUGAAAGAGACCACUAACCAUUUGGAGCAACUGAUCAACCAAGAACCAGAAGCCAUUGAAGUUGAGGCGGUUAUCGAGUUUAUGCCCAAAACUUAUAAUUCUGGCAUCAUUGGUGAAUUUGGUACAGAUGUACAUGUAUGUAUAUCAUAA